AUGGAGUCUCCUGUGGAGGAGGUCCAGGAGGCCCUUCGCAAGCUGGAGGUCGUGCAGCAGCAGCAGAAGGCAUCCCUGGCGGGAAUGCAGCUAUUGGCUUCCCAGCAUCAGGAAUGGCAGGCGGCAGUGACUCAGCUCUUGGACGAGGCGGAUGCUCUCCUCCUCCUCGACGCUUCAGCUACCAGCAGCCCAACUCGCAAGGAAUCCAAGUCCAGCCUGCCUGUGCGCUGGGAGGCGAGCAUCCCUCUCUCCCUGCGAUCUGGGCGGGUUUCUGCUUGCAGCGCCACCAGCGGGAACAGCGAGCUGAACGAGCCCAUACCGCAAGAGCUGGAGUCCAUCAAGAUGGAUGACAUGGAUGAGAGGGGCAAGUUCCUGCGCCUCAAUGCAGUGUCCUUCUUGCGAAAGGCCCCCCAGCUGCCCUCCUCCAACAACGUCGUGGGGAAGGGGCCCGUUUCCAAGCUGAUUAUGGAGCUCAUGCCCCAGCCCACCCUCCCCAUCCCCCGCGUCCCGCUGGGCGGCUGGAGCUGGCUAAGGCAGAAAACUCGAGACAUUGUCACCUCUCAGUGGUUCGAAACCAUGGCCGGAUUCAUCAUCCUGAUCAACUUGAUCACGAUCGGAGCCGAGGCUCAACUCUCACUGGAUGCCGAGGCGAAUGCCGAGCAUCUGCACUUCCUGGGCAUAUUGGAACACAUCUUCCUCGUCAUCUACAGUGUCGAGGUACUGCUCCGCGUGAUGGCAGGCGGAUGGUCCGUGUUUUGCGACCUCUGGUUCCUGAUGGACCUCUUCCUGGUCUCGAUCGGCAUCCUGGCCCUGGUCGUGUUCCCAGGCAUCUUCACAAUCGGACUCAUUUCGCCCAUCCAAGGUUUUGAGACCUUCUUGGUGGUCCGUGGACUGCGCUUGCUUCGACUGGUUCGGGCUCUGCGGACUUUCCGGUACUUCAAGAUCAUGUGGCGACUGGUCUAUGCGCUGCUUUCCUGCGGUUCGACCAUCCUCUCCACGACGUUAUUGAUUGUCAUCUUCCUCUUCAUCUGCGCAUGCGUUGCCAUUGAGGUCAUCGCAAAGGACCAGUACCUGCUGGCGAAUGAAGUCUCUGCCAAGAUCAUUGAUGAUCACUUUCUCGGGCUGUUCAAGGCUGCGUUGACCUUCCUCCAGUUCGUGACGAUGGAUUCCAUCGCAUCCGUUUACUUCCCGCUGCUUAUGCUGAAGCCCCAGCUGUUUGCGUUCUUUGCGCCCAUCCUCAUGUUCAUCUCCAUCGGCCUCAUGAACCUGGUAACGGCCGCAUUAGUGGAGAACGCGAUGGAGCAGACCGCGGUGCAAGCCGAGGAGGACAAAAAAGAGCUGCAGCAGCAACUCAAGCGAGCCAUUCCGGCACUGAUCGACGUGUUCCGCGAUUUAGACACCGACAAGAAUGGCAUGCUCACCUACGAGGAGUUGGAGGGAGUUCCGAUGGAGGACUUCGUGCCUGGACGGCUAUUGGAGUCGAUCCAUGUGGAGACCAUGGCAGACUUCUUCCACUACUUGGACGUCGAUGGCUCGGGCAACGUGAGCCAGACUGAGUUCGUUGAGGGGCUGCUGAACCUGUGUCUCCAGGACGUGCCCAUCUGGACCAUUCAGACAUUGAAGCUACUCCGGCGCAUUCACGAGGAAGUGGAGCACGUGCACAGGGAAAUCUCUGCACUGAAGCAGCCAAGAUGA